GAUCCUCAUGCUGGUUUUCAUGUUUAUUACAAUAGUUGUGUUGCUGAACAUCCUCAUUGCUCAGAUUAGCGAUACAUACAAGACAAUUCAGACUGACGCUAAGAAGUCUAUGUUAGUAAACAGGUCUUGGACUAUCGCACGUUUGGAGAGAAAUGCAUUACUUUUCCCAAACAAGAACCAAAACUGCCUACGUAAUCUUCGUGAGCGCCUGAAAAAGUUGUUACCAUCAUAUAAAACGGGUCCACAGGAAGGCGUUGCAAGGAGUCACCAGGAAGAGGGUCAGAACAAAUGUGAACGGUUUUUAUCUGAAGCAGACUUGAAGACACUACCGUCUAAUGAAACGGAAGAAAUUAGAUCUACAUUAACAAGAAUAGAAAAACAACUAUGGAAGACUGAUCAGAAUCUAAAAGCAAGAGUUCGAACGCAAACUAUUGAAGUCAAACAUAUCAAUUAUACGUUGCAAGAGAUCAAAGAGAUGCUGAAACCAUCACACUCAAGAUGAACCCACUGCAUGAAUGAGGAAAACGUAAUAAUUCAGUACAAUCGAUAUCAUGUCAAAAAGAUAAUUGAGCCAUGCCAUGAGAAAACCAACAUACUGUGUUUGCGACCAGCAUCCGCGCAGUCUGAUCAGUAUACAUGCUGUUCGUUUUCAAAGCCCAUUGAAAUGUUAGCGAACGCAUCCGCGCAGUCUGGUCAGGAUCCAUGUUGGUCGCAAACCCACUGUGUUGGUUUUCUCAUGGCGCGGCUAUAAAGAUAUUUCUCCUUGUUUUUGUUUGUUUGUUUUUUUCUUUUAAAUGAACUGGGAGGGAAUACUUAUGAUAUAAUUGUAUUAAUAUCCAGUAAAGCUAUAAAUUGUCUUUUUUUACGAAAUACAUUCAAAUAUCAUUAUUUAUUACGAUUUGUAUAAAUUUUUAGUUUGUAAAUAUUUAAUAAUUCUGAUCAUCAGAUUUGAAUAUUUAUGCUUCUAAAAUGUUAUCAUUCUACUUUCACGCUGUCUGUGUAAUUUAAGUUUCUGUACAAAUUAUAUUUAUUUUAUAUAAAUCUUGGACGUUGCUUAAUAUAAUGAACCGGAUGUGGCCAAGAUAUAAUGCUAACCUUCAGUUUUAUCACUAAAGCUGUUGCUAGUAUAUUUUCUAAAAUACAAUCUUAAGGCAUUGGACCCCUAAUAGAAAUGUUUAAAGAAUGGCAUUUGCUUGGUAUAUUCUUAAAGCUGACCAUGUUUCGCACUGUGUUGCAAAUUUUAGACAAUUUUUAUAAUGCCGUUGUUGUUUUUUCUGUUUGUUGUUGUUGUAAAUUGUAUAAAUUUUUGGUAUUUUCUCAAGCUCAAGUAGAGACAAAUUUCAAUGUGUUGGGCCUUAUCUAAAACGUUUGCAGAGAAUCCAUUACAGCAUUAAUUUUGAUAAAGACACAUCAAACUAUUGUUAAACAAUUAUAAAACACAAAAUAAAACUUAAAUAUCAUUUUUUCUAGGGAGCCUCAAAAAACAGAUUUAAUGAGACAGAAUUCUAACUCCAACAUUCAAAAGAAAUAAGAUCAAAUCCUGUGGGUCUGUUUUGAAUUUUGCUCACUUUGUUCAAAAAUAACCUUUGGGCGGAAGUAAAACUAUCCUGCAUUUCUUCCACAAUAUGUAAUGUACGAAUGAAGGCAAAAUAGAGAACUUUUACCGCAUGUAACUCAGUAUUUUUAAGAUGUCAAAGUAGGUUUAUGGUAGCAGUUGAAUACUCUUCAGAAAGGAGGUACUUUAUUACGGGUCCAAUACCUUAACAGGAUGAGGGAAAGAGAGAGCAAAUCUGGUUACUGAAAACUGUUUUGGACACAGAUCAUGUACGUACUAGACAUUUUAUUUUUGCAUGCUGAACUGGAUAUUCUAGUGCUUUAGCAGUGCUGCAAGAGUGUAGAAUGUUUCCCAUUGCAGACCUGGUGCAGCAGUUCUGCGCAUGCCCUGAAUUAUUGUCAGUUAAAUCACUCUCUCUUUUUUGUGCAUGUCUGCACGCAUUUAGUGUAUAUUAUGCAUAAUAUACUGAUUUAAGGUUAGGGUAAAUAUCACCAUGGUAACAAAAUAUAUAUAUUUAAAAUAUUCUUCGUUUAAAUUUAGUUAAUCCGGUAUUUAUCGGAAUCUGUAAUAUAUCACUGGCGCACCAGUUCUUGUUAGUCACAGCCAACAGUGUAGGCUGUCUUAAGUCCUGUAUUAUACUAAUAAUUCGUAAAUUCGUAUGCUAGUAUAAAAGAUAUUUCUAAAAAGAAAAGCAAAUAUAUCUUUAUUGAAUGAUUAAAGAAUACGGCAUGCAAGGAAAAGAAUCAAUCACUAGCUCAAGUUGCAGAUGGAAGUAUUUGACUUCCGGGUAACUAUUCUGCAGUAACUCGGCCUCAAUAUCACCUACACAGUCACCCUCGAGCCAAACAUUUCCUUCCGCACAUUUAACCAGUGAAAGAUUAUUGAAGACCUUAAAAACGGCUGAACAUCUACAUGGCCAUUUAGGGAAAGCUAUGAAAGUGUGUAUGUUACCACUUAAAUUACCUUAUAUUUAAGAAAUAAAGAGUGCUUUAACACUUAUGCACGAUGGGUGGUUAUACGUCGGGCGUAAUAAUUUCAUAAUUUCACGAGGGCGCAGCCCGAGAGAAAUUAUUUGAACGACGUAUGCCACCCGAGUGUAUAAAUUGUGUUAAAGCACGCUAGUGCUAUAAAUUAUUUCGAUUCUAAUAUGCCCUUAAUCUCAAACAUUAGAUAGAAUUUAGAUGCGCUCUUUCUUUGUCGCAAUAAAAACUUUGACGUCAUCGCACCUAAAAGUGACGUCAUUCUAGCGUAAGAGUGUUUUAACAGAGGCAAGCAUAAAUUAUUAGAACAUGUAAUAAUGUUCCCGUCGUGGAUUUAAUCCCAGCUUUAAACACUGUACUGUUGUUGUAAAUUGAUAAGGAUAAAGAAUGUUUUCAUCACACAU